AUGCUCCUACACGUACACCUUUUGCUCGUUGUAUUCCAGAAAGUCUCCUCUAUCAUUGACGGUUUUCCUGCCAACUCAUUCGGUUGGCUUCCAUUACAACAAUUCCACCUCUCACAUAUUUCAUUCCAGACACCCUCUCCCAAGCCUCGGUCAUCACUCGUUUCCCGAAUGGCUUCACGAACGUGUGCGGUGGAGUUCUGAUUGCUCCGAGCCUCGUGCUCACUGCCGCCCAUUGCGUCUACGUCGACGAAGAGUUGUAGGUGUACUUUCGACUUUAGUCUUUAGUCUCCAGGAAUUUCAGUGCGGUAACUGCCAAAGUAACCCUCGGAGAUGUUCAUUUGUACAAAUCGGAUGAGAAGGAACAAGAGUUCCGUACGCACGCAAUGGCCAUCAGCAAACGAUUCCACGAAAACGGGGUCAGUUGGCGAUAUUGUUGAACUGAAUUCUGUGUGCAUAAACAUUGUUUUCAGGGCUCAGAGGCGAAUGAUGACGUGGCAGUUGUGUUCCUUCCAGAGCCCGCACACGUUUGUCAGGCACCGCUUUCCACGCAGAUUGCGAAACUUCCGAGCACUUGGUCCAUCAGUUUUGUCAGUAUUUUCAUCGAUUGUAGUUAGUUACUGUUGAAAAAGAAAAGGUUCGACACUCGAAUCGGAGUUGGCAGCGAGCCAAGGACACGCCCCCCAAACAGCGUGCGGCAGUUGCAGUGAAAACUGUUUGGGGGCGUGUCCUUGGCUCGCUGCCAACUCGGAUUCGAAUGUCAAACCUUUUUUUUCAACAGUGUAGGGGGCGCAACAAAGGGGGCGUGGCCUGCCGAAUUUUCUCCCCAGCAGCUUCGCGCGCGCAUGUUUGAGGCCAUGUACCGAGGUCCACAAAUGAAGUACUGUACCCAAAAUGAUUUAUUUCAUGUAAUCGACCAUGCUGAAUCCAAUGAACAACUCAGUUUCCCGUGAAAACACACCGUUUUUCCAAAAAACGGCGAAAACGAAAAUGGAACUCAGUCUGAGAGCUCGUGUGGCCCGAGUUUGUGCAACACGCGGCUAAUUUUUUAUUAGUUUACAGUUUAAGUGAUGGAGAAUCCGUUUUUGAAGUCAAAAUCAGAUUUCGUCUUCUCCGUUUUUUUUUACAGGCCCUCAAACUGGCACAAAAAGUUGUGAAAAAAUUUCAGCGAUGACCAUACUUUUUUAUUUUCGGAAUCUAUAGAUAAACUCUCUGAGAACUCGAAUAUAAAUUUUCAGAGCCCUAGACCCCCUGGGAGCACUUUUGUGUUCAUUUAAGUGGAACCGGUUUCGCCGAAAUUUCAGUUUUCGGGGGUUUUGGGCGUCACAGGUACCUUACACGCGGCUAUUUUUUACAAAAUCGGAUUCAGCAUCCAAUUUCCGAUCGAUUCAUGCUAAAAUUUUCAAUUUUCUAAUUCUCCGUUUUUUUUUAAGUGACUGUAAGCAGUUACAGUUUUGGAUUUGUGUGUGCAAAACCACUAAUGUCACACCUGGAAGGGGGCCGCGCAAACCGACCUUCUCAUUGCCAAUGGUGAUCGGCGCCAGGGGUGUGCGGAAAAUAUUUCGAUUUUCCGAAAUUUUCCGAUUUUCCGAGAAAUUUUCGGAAAAUUUUCCGACGGAAAAUUUUCCGAAAAUGUUCGGCAAAAUUUUCGGAAAAUUAGUGUGGAUUCAAGGUAAAUUUGUCCGAAACCACCGUAUGCUUUUUAAAGGCGCAUCACAAAAUUUUUGGAAGGGUCUAGCAGCGAGCGUCUUUUUUCCGACACACCCCUGAUUCUCACUGACAAUCGGAAAACACUGGACCCGGAGAGCUUCUCUCGGCUAAUUUUUUUGCAAAAAAAUAUUCAAUUGCUUGGCUUCCGCCCACUCAAGUGAUUUCAAAUCAUAAUAAGCAUUUUUUUGUAUUAGAACGUUGUUUAAACACUUUAUUGAACCAAUGAACAAGUGAGUUUUCCGAUUUUUCCGAUUUUUCCAAAAUUUUCCGAAAAAAAAAAUUCGGAAAACCCGAUUUUCCGAAAUUUUCCGAAAAAAAAAAUUCGGAAAAACCGAUUUUCCGAAAUUUUCCGAAAAAAAUUUUCCGCACACCCCUGAUCGGCGCGCCCCCGCCCGUUUGGCGCAGUGGCAGAGUGCUCACUCGGCAGUCUGGAGGUGUCGGGUUCAAAACUUUUGAGCUCGAAAUUUGUUUUGCUUUCUUUGGACAUCAUUUCUAUUCAUUAAAUAUGGUGUCUCUUUGAUGUCAUCCACCAAACAAUUGAGAGCGUACUCAAAUAGAAUUCAACAAAAAUUUUAAAGAAAUUUUGAGUUUCGUGAAACCCGUUGCGGUCCCUAAUUGUAGUUACUUGUUAUGCUUUCACAAUUUCAGAGAGAAACUCCAAAAGUUCCGAGCAAAUUCCAACUCGAAAACUCUGUGUGCUACGUGGCCGGAUGGGGAAAAAGCGAGAGCAAAAGUGAGCUAAACUAUUUAUAAGAAGGACGCGUGAUGUUUUAUAAUUUUCAGAUGGAACUUAUAGCGAUUCAAUCCGCCAGAUGAUGGUCAAGUUGACGGUGAAAAAGAUUGGAAAACGGACGUAUCUGUUGGCGAAGGGCGUCGUCGCGAGCAGUCGGGCGUGUAUGGGAGAUUCUGGAAGCCCCGUGUACUGUUUCAUCGACGGAACACGCGCUUUGGUUAGUCAACUCUUGACAGUGUUUAGAAAUGGAGUCAUAACUCGAGAAUGAGCAAUUUUGGGGUAACACGAUCAAUUGCAAAGUUGUUAAGAAUAAGAAUUCGCACAACUUUUCAGUUGAUCACUUUUUGAAAUAAUGAUUGGUUCGUGAGAUACAGAAGAUUUUAGGUCGGAACCAUCGCUCACAUCGGAUCAUUCUCCAAAAAGACGCCCACGAACCCUGAAGAUCACCUCUCCUUCUGCCGCGAUUUCGAGUACACUUUCAUUUCGGACUGGCGAGAAAGUUCGCAAAGAGUGGUGGAGAUUCUGGAAAAGUACGGAAUGUUGGAGCAGUUGGAAGAGGGACAAAAACAAUGUUUUGGCACUUCUGUUUGA